GGUCUAUUUGAACGGUGAGGAGCGCGCUCGCAAACAUUCGAGAGGGAAACAAAGGAGGAGUGAACAUCUCGCCUCUGUCCGACGAGAAAAACUGGAAUAAUUGACUUUUUCUAAUCAGGAUAUUCUUGUCAAUCAUAUAAGGUGUCCGUCAUGUCUCACAAACAGAUCUACUACUCGGAUAAAUACGACGAUGACAAGUACGAGUACAGGCAUGUGAUGCUCCCCAAAGAAAUCGCAAAGCGUGUACCGAAGACCCAUUUGAUGUCAGAGACAGAGUGGAGGAACCUGGGGGUCCAGCAGAGCCAAGGAUGGGUCCAUUACAUGAUCCACCAACCAGAACCGCACAUCUUGCUGUUCCGGCGCCCUCUGCCCAGCCAGAAGUCAUAAGAGAGAGAUUCUCUGGGUCCUCUGGAGAUCAGUCCUACUCAUACGCCACAGAUUAACGCAUAAUAGUGAUCAUGCUGUCAGAUUACCAACCUCUUGUGUGGUAGGUGACUUGUUAUUUGGGGCUGAUCAUGUUGGACCUGGAGAAGGACUAUCGCAUUUAUGAACAGUGGUUGUGGAACGGAGUAUGCGUUGAAGGAAAAACAUCACCCUUCUCUUUGUGGGGCGGGGGAAGACUUCUUCAUGUGUUAACAGCGACACACCGUCUGCCAGAAACCUUCAAAUCAGCUCUCACUGUCUUUUUGACUUAACCUUAUCUGUCCAACUUGAUGAACCUGCUUGGAUAUUCCAGCUUUUUUCUUUCUUUUUUUUUUUUAAGAACAACUGUUAUAAGAUGUGGGAAGUGAAACUUGUUCAAAACAUUUGAGUAAUUGUAAUGAGUGCAUUCUGGGUCAGAACACAAGCCUGAUAAACUAGUCGGAUCCUAAAUUUUUAAGUUUGACUCUGAAACAUCAAAUUGCGGUUUUAAGUGACAUGUUUGCUGCUCGGUUUAAAUGACACUGUAAAUUGGCAUUUAACAUUUUUUGUCAUGUGCAUGGAAAGCCGCUUCCGUAGGAGUCGCCUAGAAACUAGUUUUGAUCCCUUUUCCAUAAGAGCAUAUUGUAUUAUAUUUGGCCUAUGUUAAAACAAAUCUCUCUGAUAGGUCUGAUUGUACCAGUGAGCUGCUCAGUAUUUAUGAAUGUGUUGCCCUUUAUGAAAUAAAUGUAAACUUUUUAAAAUCUUAUUAGUGUGGACUUGUGUCUUGGCAGUAUUUGGGGUUUUUCAACUACUGUACAAUUACACAGAACCACUUGACACGUGAAAAUUCAUGUGGAGGCAAAAAAAAAAGAGGCAGUUGACAGCUUUGAUGGCAGACGCCACCCUAAAAUGCUCUUAUAGAAUAAACCCGGAUCACUGACUCGGAUGUUAGAAACACGAUUGCAUUUAUUUUGGUAUUAAAUGAUCUCACGUUAAGGCACUUGAUUUCACUGCACCCACGCUGACGUUUGUUCACCUUCUGUCCCUCUUCACGAUCACGCACUGAGCUGCUCUGCUGUCGUUGAGGCUAACAUUUUGCCCUGAAUUGUGUGAUCUUGUGCCUUUUUUGCAUGUGUAGGUGUAGAGCUGUUCUACCUUUCAGAACUAAAAAAAAAAAAAAAAUCAAUACAGGCAAAGUUGUGAUGCAUUUCUAAAAAAAACUGACAUUAAAUUGUGUUGGAAGUACCCUUCAUGAUAAUUCUGGCUCGUGUGACUGGGUUACACUUUAUUUUAGUAGUAUGAGAAUGACACUAGAAUAUGGGAUUUUUUUUUUUUUUUUUUUUUUUUUUGCAUUGCAACAUUAUGCGGCUGCAUCAAAAAGGAAACAUUUACUGAGCCACGUUUGCCAAUUUGAACAGUCUGUGCUGGCAAACCAAAAAAAUCCACCAGACCACAGCAUGAAAUUCUACUAAAUACACACCUGCUCAUCAUUGUGUUUCCUAUCUGUCGGCUGCAAAAUAAAGGGAAAAUGCUGCAAAAAUGUGA